AUGGCGACGGUGAUGAGCUGCUGGAGCAGCGGCAGGGACGCAAACCUGACGACGACGACGACUGCGGCGGCGCGCCCGCGGUGGCACUGCCGGCGCCCGCCGCGCCCACCGCCGGCGCGGCGCUCGGUGGCGCCGUGGGAGAAGGGCUUCUGCGAGUCCCGCGGGGUGCCGUGGCGGAAGGUGACGGACCCGGGCGUGGGGCUCAACGCCGACGCCGAUGGCAACGUCGCGCGCUGGGACGACUCGGGCGCCGUCGAAGCGCUGCUCGCCGCCAGGAGGCGCUACUGGGCGGAGAUCAACGGCAGCCUCAAGGGCACGGCCGCCCCGCCGCCGGGGCCCGGCAUGUACUGCGACGACGCGAUCGUGGACGGCGGCGGCGUGGACCCCGAGCUGGACGGGGAGUACGAGGCGGCGCUGCGCGCCAUGGAGGACGCGUGGGAGCAGAACGUCAAGCUGCAGGAGGCCAAGCUGCGGGAUGACUUCGUGCCGGUGCCCACCGGCUGGGACGUCGACGCUUGA